UUGUGAGAAAAAAAAAGUCUUGAAAGAAUAUUCCGGACUCCUACAGAUUAUUCUCAAAUGUGCUGAAAGACGACGAGAAGUUGGAUUUUCGUUUUAAGGAGUGAAUUUCUCAAUUUGGACACAGCACCAUGCGCAGGUUGCCGUGCCUUGCCUCCGAGCCAAGAGGAGAAAUACCACUGUGCUACUGACAGGAUUUUUACGCGCAGCUGAACAAGGAUGCCAGAGCUCGCAAACUGCAGUGUCUGUACCAAUAAGAUACUCAUGGUGGUCUUCAUGAUAUCACUGAUACUUGCCAUACUCUUCGGAAACAUCUUGACAUUAGCAGUGAUCGUUGGAACUAAACACUUCCACACUCCACAGGGUUACUUAAAAGCCUCACUGGCCGUGGCAGACCUGGCUGUGGGAAUGUUUGUGGUACCCGUUUCGGUUUACGCUGAAAUAUCCCUCAUGAUCUACAAUUCAAUGCCGGAGUGGACAGCGCGCAAUUCCCAAACCACACCUUUCCACCCGUGCAGUUUCAUCGGACCUGUGUUUGCGGGAUGCACUUUAGUCUCCAUUACAACCAUUUUUCUCCUUACCAUUGAAAGGAGCAUUGCCGUUUUAAAGCCACUGCACAAGGAAUCUGUCAUAACUAAAAAAAGAACAAGCAUACUAAUAGUUUUUUCCUGGAUGGGCAGUUUUUUCCUGGCAAUAUCUCCAAUGGUUUUCAGCAAUGCAAUCGCGCUGGAAUACAAUCCUUGCAGCCGCAUGUGCAAUUACGCGUUGGGAAGCGCAGAAUUCCCAUCCCAGGCUUGGAAGAUUCUCUUACUCUUCCCUGCUUUUGACUUUACGCUGCUCGGAGGUACUGUUGUCAUCAAUAUCAUAUCGCUCACCACAAUCCGCCAGCAUUCAAAAAGAAGGAAACAUCUCGCAGAGACAGAGAGUCAAAGCGCAACCAAACCAACCUUCUCCGAUAUCAAGGCUGCCAAGACUAUAGGCACUCUGACGUUGGCUUUCACGGCUUCUUUCACUCCCAUCGCUGUGUUUGUAGUUGGAAAUGUGUUGGGAAACGAAUGGUGCACUUUUUCCUUUUUUGCCUUUUGGAUUUUGACCACGAACAGUUGCUGGAAUGUUAUUAUAUAUGGUGUGAGAGACCAGAAGUUUAGAAGUCGUGCGUAUCAGCUGCUCAUAUCCGCUCAUUUGAACACUGCGCCCAAAACAACUGUGAAUGAAAACACUGUAAAUGGGGGGAAACUCAAUGAGGAAAUAGUCAAACAAACCUAAUUACUUAUCUUACUGAUCAUAGCCC